AUGUUUGCAGCUUCUUGCCUCGCAUCGUGCUGUGCUGCUUGUGCAUGCGAUGCUUGCCGUACAGUGGUUUCUGGGAUCAGCAGACGUUCCGCUAGAAUUGCGUACUGUGGUCUCUUUGCACUUUCCUUAAUCGUUUCAUGGAUUCUCCGUGAGGUUGCUGCUCCUCUCAUGGAGAAGCUCCCUUGGAUUAACCAUUUUCACAAGACACCUGAUCGGGAAUGGUUUGAGACUGAUGCUGUGCUUCGUGUCAGCUUAGGGAAUUUCCUGUUUUUCUCAAUCCUAUCGGUUAUGAUGGUUGGGGUGAAAACCCAGAAAGACCCUCGUGACGGUAUACACCAUGGUGGUUGGAUGAUGAAAGUGAUCUGUUGGUGCAUUUUGGUCAUCUUAAUGUUCUUCGUUCCAAAUGAAAUCAUCAGCUUUUAUGAGUCAAUGUCAAAGUUCGGUGCUGGAUUUUUCCUUCUUGUUCAAGUUGUGCUUCUUUUGGAUUUCGUUCAUGGAUGGAAUGACACGUGGGUUGGCUACGACGAGCAGUUCUGGUAUGCUGCGUUGCUCGUUGUUUCCCUUGUGUGUUACUUGGCAACCUUCGUCUUCUCUGGUCUUCUCUUCCAUUGGUUUACUCCGUCAGGACAUGAUUGUGGACUCAACACUUUCUUCAUUCUCAUGACUCUGAUAUUUGUAUUCGUCUUCGCUGUUGUUGUUCUGCAUCCCGCUGUCGGUGGAAGCAUUUUACCAGCAUCAGUUAUAUCUCUCUACUGCAUGUACCUCUGUUACAGUGGACUUGCAAGUGAACCCCGAGAUUACGAAUGCAAUGGCCUCCACAAACACUCCAAAGCUGUUUCAACAGGCACCAUGACCAUUGGGUUACUCACAACUGUUCUCUCUGUCGUUUAUUCCGCUGUUCGUGCCGGCUCUUCCACUACGCUACUCUCCCCUCCUGACUCUCCACGUGCAGAGAAGCCACUGCUUCCGCUAGACGGGAAAGCAGAAGAGAAGGAAGAGAAGGAGCAUAAGAAGCCAGUGUCAUACUCAUACGCGUUCUUCCACAUCAUCUUCUCUCUCGCGAGCAUGUACUCUGCAAUGCUCUUAACCGGCUGGUCAACUUCGGUUGGUGAAAGCGGUAAGCUUGUCGACGUCGGGUGGCCGUCUGUGUGGGUCCGUGUUGUGACCAGCUGGGCCACUGCUGGUCUCUUCAUCUGGUCUCUUGUUGCUCCGAUUCUCUUCCCUGACCGUGAGUUCUGA